GUGACUGGACGCGUCGCGGGCUCCCCAGGCCCCGCGGCGCUGCGGGUUGUGUCGGCAGGAUCCCGGGCGGGCGGAAGUGCAGCCGGGCUCGGCUCCGGCCUCCGCGCCGCGCUGCCUUCUGCGGCUGCGCGGGCUCUCGGGACUCCAGGCUCGCGCGCCCCUGCGGGACCGGGUGUCAGAGCGUCGUGCGCCGCCGCCGCCGCCGCCCUGCCUCGGCCCGGGACCCGGGCGUCUGCUGCGGUGCGGGGCGCCGGGGAAGGAGCUGGCGUUUCUGUUUGGCUUUGGAUGAAAAAAGAAUUUAGCCUAUAUGUACUGCUUUAACCACUGGAAGAAUGACAGAUGACAAAGAUGUGCUUCGAGAUGUGUGGUUUGGACGAAUUCCAACUUGCUUCACCCUGUAUCAGGAUGAGAUAACUGAAAGGGAGGCAGAACCAUAUUAUUUGCUUUUGCCAAGAGUAAGUUAUUUGACGUUGGUAACUGACAAAGUGAAAAAGCACUUUCAGAAGGUUAUGAGACAAGAAGACAUUAGUGAGAUAUGGUUUGAAUAUGAAGGCACACCACUGAAAUGGCAUUAUCCAAUUGGUUUGCUAUUUGAUCUUCUUGCAUCAAGUUCAGCUCUUCCUUGGAACAUCACAGUACAUUUUAAGAGUUUUCCAGAAAAGGACCUUCUGCACUGCCCAUCUAAGGAUGCAAUUGAAGCUCAUUUUAUGUCUUGUGUGAAAGAAGCUGAUGCAUUAAAGCAUAAAAGUCAAGUAAUCAAUGAAAUGCAGAAAAAAGAUCAUAAGCAGCUCUGGAUGGGAUUACAGAAUGACAGAUUUGACCAAUUUUGGGCCAUCAACCGGAAACUCAUGGAAUAUCCUGCAGAAGAAAAUGGAUUUCGUUAUAUCCCUUUUAGAAUAUAUCAGACAACAACUGAACGACCUUUUAUUCAGAAGCUUUUUCGUCCUGUGGCUGCAGAUGGACAAUUGCAUACAUUAGGCGAUCUCCUCAAAGAAGUGUGUCCUUCUGCAAUUGCUCCUGAAGAUGGGGAAAAAAAGAAUCAAGUGAUGAUUCAUGGAAUUGAGCCAAUGUUGGAAACACCUCUGCAGUGGCUGAGUGAACAUCUGAGCUACCCAGAUAAUUUUCUUCAUAUUAGUAUCAUCCCGCAACCAACAGACUGAAGGAUCAACUCUAUGCCUGAACGGAAUCACCCUUAAACAGGAUUUACCAGAGCAUGUCACCCUUCUGCUUCAGUCAGGUUUGGUGGAGGCAACCUGACCAGAAACACUACUGCAAGCCAAACAGGAAGAUGAUUCCAUGUCAGAUAAGGGCACUUGGGCUGGUCUUACUUUGCAUCACCACUGCUUUCCUCCACUGCCGUCAUUAAACCUCAGCUGCGACAUGAAAGGCUUCACAGGACCACUGCAAGUCUUCUGUUUUCUUGUAAAAUAUAAUGAAGCCGAAACCUUUGGCCUAAGAAGAAAAUGGAAAUAUGUGCCACUUGAUUUGUAUUUCUGAUUAACAAAUAAACAGGGGUAUUUCCUAAGGUGACCAUGAUUGAACUUGAGCUCGAGGGAGUGGAAACAUUGGUUUAAUUUUCUAGAGAAUUAGACUUAAGAAAGUAAAAGAGAAAUUCUGUUAUCAAUAACUUGCAGUAAUUUUUUGUAAAAGAUCCAAUUACAGUAAACCCAUCUUUCCUUAAUGAAAAUUUCCUAUGUUUACAGUCUGUCUAUUGGUAUGCAAACAAUCUUGUAACUUUGAUAAUGAACAGUUGAGAGAUUUUUAAAUAAAACCUCUAAAUAUGUUUUGUCAUUUAAUAACAUACAA